GCUAAAUCUUAGAGAAGAAACAAGAGAGAAAGGAAAUCCCAAAAUCAAGCUGUUCUUCUCAUUAACAACCAUCUGUUAUAUAACAGAUCCCUAACCAACUUCUCAAUAUCCUUUUACACUAUGAAUCCCUGUACUACGAAUUAUUACCCUACCAGUCCCUGUACUACAAAACUAUUCAAAAGACUCUACAAAACUAAUACAAUGUUACAGAAAUGACCCCCCAACUAUUCUUUACACAACAAAGUCACGAUGGCCAAUUUCAGAUCAGUCAUCGAUUUAGGGCGGCCGCUACUAUUGUUCAGUCGAUUGCCCGAACACAAUACCGAUCUCAUCCUAUGAGUUGUCUCCAGGAUGCUUCCCUCACCGGAAUCUCUCCUGCAACUCCUUCAACGUUUCAUCAAAAGCUCGACCCAAAUCAAGCAAAUUCAUUCGGUUCUCAUCACCAGUGGCAACCUCUCUAUCCCCAACCCAUCUUCCUUUCGAUGGACUACCACCUUAUUCUACAAUACACUCAUCAGAGCCUACCUAAAUAUCAAUCUUCCUCACACUACAUUACUUCUUUUCACCCACAUGCUUUCCCACAAUAUCCCCCCAAACGCACACACUUUCCCUUCAAUUGCCAAAGCUGCUGCUUGUAACAUAACCCCUUCUUUCAUUGAUAAACCCCUUUACUCCCAAGCUCUGAAGCGCGGAGUGUUAGCCGAUCCGUUCGUACAAACAUCGUUUAUUUGUUUGUAUGCAGAAAGUGGUAACGUUUGUUGUGCACGUAAGGUGUUUGAUGAAAUGCCUGAACCGUGUGUUGUUUCAUAUAAUGCUAUGCUUGAUGGGUUUUGUAAAGACGGGGAUAUGGGUUCUGCGGUUUUGUUCUUUGAAUCGAUGCCGGUGAAGGAUGUUUAUUCGUGGACCAGUAUUGUUAAUGGGUAUGUCAAGAAAGAGUGUUAUGAUAGUGCCUUUCGAAGUUUCAAGCGGAUGAUCAUGCAAAGGGUUUCGGGUGGUUGUGCGGUGAAACCGAACGAAGCUACAUUUGUUAGUGUUCUUUCCGCCUGUGCUAAUUCUAAUAGGGUCACAGGGCUGUCAUACGGAAAGCAGAUACACGGUUACAUCGUCAAGAACGAGGAUCGAAUCAGUGCUUUCGUAGGGACCGCCCUGAUAAACAUGUACGGGAAAACAGACGGUUUGGAAUACGCAACAAAAGUGUUUGGAAGCAUGGUAAACAAGCAAGUAUGUACAUGGAACGCAAUGAUCAGUACUCUCGCGUCAAACGGAAAAGAGAAGCAGGCUUUAGAGAUGUUUAAUAAGAUGAAAGUAGAAGGUCAGGUUCCAAACGAUGUUACUUUCGUUGCAGUUCUCGCUGCUUGUGCUCGUGCAGAGCUCGUGAAACCGGGUUUACAAGUUUUCAACUCUAUGUUGCCUCGAUUCAGCAUUGUUCCAAAAAUGGAGCAUUAUGGUUGUGUGGUCGAUUUGUUGGGUAGAGCGGGGUUUUUGGCAGAAGCAGAAGAGUUCAUGAGAAGGAUGCCGUUUGAACCCGAUGCAUCUGUUUUGGGGGCGCUUUUGGGUGCUUGUAAGCUACAUGGGGCUGUUGAUAUGGGAAGUGAGGUGGCGAAACGGUUAUAUAGAUUAGAACCGCAACAAUGUGGGCAGUAUAUACUUUUGUCGAGUAUUUAUGCUGGAGUAGAUAAUUGGGAGCAUGCUACCUCUUUGAGAAAUGUCAUGGUUGAUGCUGGUUUUCAGAAACCUCCAGCUUAUAGUACGGUCAAUGCGUUGUAAAUAGUUUGUUUGUUCGUUAAUCCCCAAUUGUCAGAUUCGGGAGCAAGCAUAACCGACUUAACCGAUGACGGUCCUAACCGAUGUUUGGGUUUUGAGGUCUGGGAUUAACCCAUGGUUCAGUUUUGGUUAGCCACACGAUUAUCAACCA